UUAAAUCUUUUCCAUGUGAAACAUGCAGACUGACCAUUCUGUCAUUAUAAACUCUAUCUUCACCCAUUAAGAAUAAUUUGUUUCGAAUAUUAACUUUGAAAACUGUAGACUUUUCACCAGUUGAAUGGUAGUUUCACUGAAGCAAAUUUGAAAUAAAAUUGAUAAUGUUAGUCAAAAGAAAAAAUAAGUUUUAUUUCAUGAACAUCUAAUUGUUUAUUUUAGGCUUAAAAUAAAAAUACUCUAUGCGUAAAUUGUAAUGUGUCACUAAAAGAUGUUUUGUUUGUCUUAACUAAUUUCUGAUGCAGAAAAGUAGUUGAUUUUACUUUAAAUUUUCAUUUUUUGGACCCUUAAAAUCUAUUUAAUGAACUUUUUAAUGAUACAAUCGGUUUUAAAUUAACUUUAAUAAAAUAAAGUAAAAAAACAAGAGAAAAAAAAAUUGAAUGAAGAGACGAACAAAAAAGACCAAUGUGAUGCGACCGUUCCCUGGGCCUGUCAAAGUCUUAUGAUUCGUGCGAACCGUAACCCGACCCGUUUGAACCAACAUCAACCAAUUAUAAAUGGCCACGUAACCUACUUCCUGGUCACGUAAGAGAUCCCCCUCUCUCUCUUUUCUCCGUCACCGGCAAAACACCAUGGGCCCUCGCUGCCGUCUCUUCUCGAGACCAAAUUUCAUCGUUACUACUCAAAAGGUAUCUCCGUCAACUCACGGCGAAAGCACAUAAACGCCGUCAAGUACCUAUUUUUCUCCACUUAUAUAAAUGACCCACGGUCCGUCUUCUCUCUGUCUCUCCGUCCUUUAAAACAAAACCCGGAGCUCCGUACCAGUUCCCGGGUAACCCGCUUACCCGGAUUCCUGCCCCGGAUGUUUUGAAUAUUUAUUUUGGGUUUAUUCUACUAUUUAAAGGUCCUCUCCAAGAAGAGAAUAUUGCUGCUCUCUUUCUCCAUCUUGAUAUUUUUUUAUUUAGAGCAACUUUGCUUCAAGAGAGUGACAAAAUAUUUUCAGAUUUUUUUUUUUGAUUUUGCUCCAAGAAGAUGGAGUGAUCCGGUGAAAUGGUUAAGUUCAGUCUGUGAUUUCUUCUCCCAUUCUUGCUCAUCGCUAAACCGAGCUAAGGAACAGAGCUCAAUAGCAUCAUUAUAAAAGCAAAUCCUCAAGUAAGUUUCAGAUAAACACGCUUAACCUGCAGACAUCGAUACAAAAGGGCUUAAAAGGCAGAGCGCAUAAAGAAGAGUGCAAAGAUGUUUACUUGCAUAAACUGUACAAAAACAUCAGACAGAGACGAUGAGGAUGAAGAUGGAGCGCGUGGGAGCACCACUCCCAACACUAAAGAAGCCGUUAAAAGCCUAACUACACAGGUCUUUCUCUCUUUAUCUUUCUCAAGAUCUAUUCUUAUGCCCUCUUUUAUCACUUUAUCUUUGCUGCUUUUUUUUCUUCUAAUUGCUUUGGUCCUUAAAACUGUUUAACAAUUGUAGUGAAAAAAAUAAAGUGUCUGAAAAUCCUUUUUCUUUUAAAAUGUUAAACAGUUCAAAUUAGGCUACUAUCAAGUACAAAAGUAUAGAGUUUUGAGUACACAAGAUAGUUAGAUGUGUUACUGUUGUUAAGGCUGCAGGUUACAGACAAAAUAGAGGAUCUUUAGACAAGAUCUUAUGCUGAUGCUACAUCACUUCCCCCCUGGAACCUCUUACACAACUCUCUUUAAUAGGUUGUGUCAGUGUUUUUUCUCAUCUAUAUGUGACUUGACAUAAAAGGAAGCAACAAUUAGUACAAUAAUUAAAAUAAAUCUAGUAAAAUCUCAGAACUAUGCAUUCAAGGAUUACGGCUGACGAUUUGUGUGGAUGAUGUUUUAUCAAAAUUGAUUUUGAAAAAGGUUAAUGAAGUCACGCCUAGUUGUAACAUGAUUUUUGCUUGUUAUUGAAGAUUGAUCUUAUAUACUUUCCUAUAACAAACAAUCUCUAGUGGAUUCUUAUCUAGACAUGAGAAAAAAGAAAGAAUUUGUGGUGGGGCAACUAUAUAGUAUAAAUCAAAAGAACACAAAGAAAAGAAAAAUAAACAGAGAGUGUUAUGAUUAUGUUUCUAUUCAUGGAGAAGACAAGAUGAACUAUAUUAUAUGUUUCAAAUUAUUAUCAGAUCUCCUAGCUUUAUUGAUGCUCUUUUUAUUAAUGAUUAUAGUAGACUCCUUUUUUUCCUUAGUUGGCAUAAAGAAAAAAUAUAUCUUCUUGACGCAUUUUUUUCAUGGCAGAAGAUUUUAUUGACUGUUUGUUACAUGUUCUGUCCAAAAAUAUUCAAUGUGGUGGUCCUGGUACUAUGUUAUGUGCUUAUGAUUUUACUUUAGUUCACUUCUUGGGUAUGAAUGCUAUGCAGAUCAAAGAUAUGGCGUCAAAAUUCUCUGGUGCUUCUAAACAAUCCAAGCCACCAUCUGGCUCCUCAAGCAGCAACUUGAGGAGAGAGCUGAGAAAGUAUCCGGAUUUCGAUGCUGCAUCAGAUAGUGUUCCAUACCCUUAUAUGGGUGGUGGAAGCACAAGUUCUACUCCUGCUUGGGACUUCACAAGCUCCUCUCAUCAUCAAGGAGGACGGGCAGACUCAAAAUUCACAUCAAUGUAUGGUGGUGAACGCGAAUCCAUAUCUGCUCAGUCUUGUGAUGUGGUGCUAGAAGAUGAUGAGCCAAAGGAGUGGAUGGCUCAAGUAGAGCCUGGUGUUCACAUUACAUUCGUCUCACUUCCCAGUGGGGGAAAUGAUCUUAAACGGAUACGUUUCAGCCGGGAGGUAUUUGACAAGUGGCAGGCUCAGAGGUGGUGGGGUGAGAACUACGACAGAAUAGUUGAGCUUUACAAUGUUCAGAGAUUUAACCGGCAAGCCCUUCAAACCCCUGGUAGAUCUGAAGAUCAGUCACAGAGAGAUUCAACUUAUACAAGAAUAGAAUCAGCAAGAGAAAGCAGAGACUGGACUCCAAGACACAACUACAGACCUCCAGGAGGAAGCAGCAUCCCACAUCACUUCUAUGGACCACCAAUGGACGCAGCAAGAAUCACCACUUCAUCUAGGGACGACCCACCUUCUAUCAGUAACGCUAGUGAAAUGCAAGCAGAGUGGGUCGAAGAAGACGAGCCUGGGGUUCACAUUACCAUUAGACAGUUACCUGAUGGAACCAGAGAGUUACGCCGUGUCAGAUUCAGUCGGGAACGGUUUGGGGAAGUGCAUGCUAAGACAUGGUGGGAGCAGAACAGAGACAGAAUACAAACACAAUACCUCUAAGGGGGAGAAGAGAGAGAAAGGGAGAGACCAAUGUUUAAUCUUCUUUAACAAAACAUCGGUAUACACAAAACAGAAUCAGAAUGUGAAAUGAACACAAAAAUGAGAAGAAAUUUUUGUUAUUAGAGGCUUGUAGUUAGUUUAGUUCUCGGCGUUUUGACAGAUAAGCAAUUUUUCAGACAGAUGAGAUGAGGUUUUUUAUUUUAUUGAUUCAUUAAAAAAAUGAUAGAUUCUGUUCAAUUCUUUUUUAGCAGAUAGCUUUGAAUCUGUAAUGGCUUUGUUGUAGACUUGUAGUCACCUCCUGGGCUUCAAGUCUUCAACUAAGGCUGUGAUCUUAGUACUUGCUAAGACAGAAUGGGAGAUCAAAAUGUAAUCUAUGCUGUUAAGGUAGCUUGGAACGGAAGGAAACUUGUGUUGUUUGUGAUGCAAGGUAUUAUGGGAAUUGUGAGCAUCAGCCUAUUAAUUAAACGAAUUAAUAGUACUAGAGAUUUUGCCCGGGCUACGCCCGGGUUUAUUCAAAUAACAUUUAAUUUAAUAUUUCUUACAUUAUAUUACUAAUAUGUUAUAAAAUUGAAUUAGAAUCGAGUAAAAUUUACAAUUUUUUACUAUCUAAAAUUGUAUGGGAUUAUCCAAAAUAUAUUUUUGUAUAUCAAUUAGGGGAGUUUUUAAUAUAUUUUAGUCAAUUAGGGGGUGACUGGUGACCAAGGGAAUGAGGAGAAUAACACAACAUUCCUUAUAAAAAUUACCAUUUAUGAGGUAUAGCUGUGCAUCUUCGCUCCUUUUCAUUCUUUUUUUUUUGUAGAGAAUUAUAAUACAAAAUUGUUUCUUGUUAAUUUUGAUAAUUUUGAUAAAAAACUAUCAUUUCUCAUCAUUCCCAAAAUUUUAUUCCUAUUCAUUAUUUUCUUAUUCAUUCUUAAUGUUCUUGCGAUGGUUACCAGUCAUACUCAUUAUUUUAAUUUCCAUUGAAAAAAUAGUGAUUUAGUUUUUUUCUUACUUCGUGUCUUUAAUAUUUUUUGUUAAAGUUCAUACACUAUAUUACAAAUAAUGUUGUAUUUAAUAACUAUAUUAAAAUAUAUUACUUCUAUGUUAUAAAAAUAUAAAUAGAAAUUGAAUCAGAAAUGAGUAAAACUUACAAUUUUUUUUUAAUCCAAAAUAUUUUUUCUUACAUAUUUAGGUUAGUAGGAAAAUAUAUUUGUAAUCUCCACAUCACAUAUUUCUUUGUUAUAUAUAUUAUUUAUAUCAUAUUUAUUUUUUUAUUUUUAUGUUAUUUAAUAUUUUAUAAUAUAUUUUAUUAUUAUUAUAAUCUAUUUUUACAACUGUACUAAGUAAAGCUUAUUUAAAUACUCAUUGCUUUAAAUAAAAAAACUUCUAAAAAUUUUGCAUGUGUUAAAUACACUGAAAAAUCUAUGAAAAUAUUAUUAUUACUAUAUUUUUUCCAGCAAUUAUUAUUACUAUAUUAUUUGUUUAGUUAUAAGCAAAAACAAAUCUUACAAUCUAGCUAUAGCUAAAAUAUUAAUCUGGAUUAAAACUCAAUGUAAAAUGAUAAUCAAAAUAUUCUCAAUAUAUAUUCACAAUUUAUUUAAAUUUUAUUAUUAUAUAUUAGUUGAUUUAAAAUUACUAUUUUUUAAAUACAAUCAGGUUAUUACGCUGUUAUCAAACAUGAAUUUUUGUAUACUAAUUAGAGGAGUUUUUUUAUACUAAUUAGAGGAGUUUUCAAUAUAUUUUUAGACCAAAACUAUGAUCCAAAAACAUUAAUUUCUUAUUAUUUUUUCAUUUCCAGUAAAAACAUUUAAAAUAGUGAUUUUGUUUUUUUUUCUUACUUCAUGUCCUUAAUAUUUUUUUUGUUAAACUUCAAACACUAUUUUUAAAAAACUUUCUUUACUUUUUAUGAACAGAAAUUUUAAAAUGUCUGUUAGCCGUUAUUGUCUAAUGUGGUACACUAUAUCCCAUUGUAAAAUAUAUUAUUGGUUAGGUGUAUUAAAAAUAUAGUUCGUGGAAAUAAAUCUAUAAGAGUAAGCAAAGACUUAUAUAAAAUUAGGUAUGAAUUUAAGAUAAAAGUAAACAUAAACAAUAGAAUUAUUGUUUUCAUAAAAUAAAU